CACAUGAAUGCUGAGGUCCUGGCAGAAGACAGGCAAAGAAAAUGUCUCUUUCAAAACUGCAGGAAAAAAACAUCACAACAUAUGAUGAUUACUUUUGGACCAGUCAAACUAGGGAACAAUGGAAUCAAGAACAUUUUGUUUUGAUGCUUCCCAAAACACCUCUGCCAGAUAUAAAAAAGAGAUCAGGAUCUUCAGAAAUACAAACUGCAGUUCCUUGGCAAGAGAAAAGGAAAAUGGAGAAAGGUCAGAUACCAACUAAUAUACAGAUAAAACAAUUUUUCCAAGAACUUUUCCUAAGACCACCCUUUUCCCCAGCUUUCAUUAUACAGGCUCCACUCAAAUAUCUUUAUAAUCCUCAAAACCGUUAUAUAACAGCAGAAACUAGAAAGCCCAAAGAUGAUAUAACAAGAACAACUUUGAAGAAAAAAUUGAAGGAAAAAAUAAGCUUAUAUGCAAUAAAUCUGGAAUCCAAUAAAAUGAUGACUGAUGGUAAUCCUGAAAUAAGCAACACAGACCAAUUUCUGCCCAAAUCAUCCUACAAAAUUGAACCAUUUAAGAAGUCAAAUAUCACAUCAGAAACAAACCUAGAAUCCAAUCAUUUCAAGAUGACCAAAGCAAUGGAUUCAAGCAAUGAUAACGGAGAUUUAAUUAAUUCCAAGGAGGCCAAUAAUGAAGCUACAUUUUGGAAGGACAAUCCAAAUACAAACUCCAAGAAGAACACUGAAGAAUUUUAUGAUGACAUAGUAGAGCGCAUAAGCAGCUCAAAUAUCAACUUAAAGUUUCUAAAUGAGUUCAGAGCUGAAUCCACAGAUUUUGAUGAAUGGUCAACAAAUUGCUCACAGAACAAUGCAAAGAAGCCUGCAAAGAAGCCUGCAAAGAAGGGAAAGGACUCUGAACCUGAUUCUGGAGACUCAAAAGAUAUAAAAAAAGAAGGAAAGAAAAAAGAGAAGAGAGAACCCAUGAAGAAGAAGGAUACAGAGUCUACUGAUGCUGAAUCUGGUGAUUCCAAGGGUGCAAAGAAAGAAUUAAAAAAAGAUAAAAAAGAAAAAAAGGAAGCCAAGAAAAAGAAGGAUACAGAGUCUACUGAUGAAUCUGGUGACUCCAAGGAUUCAAAGAAAAAUAAGAAAAGAAAGAGUGAGGACAAAAAAAAUGCAGAAUCUACUGAUGCUGAAUCUGUAGACUCAAAGGGUGCAAAGAAGGAAAAGAGACCUCCAAAGAAAGAUGACAAGAAGGAUGCAUUCUAUACCAAUUCUGAAUCAGACGCAGAGUUGAAGAAGGUGAAGAAAGAUAAGAAGGAAAUUAAAGGGAUCAGGAAGAAGGCUGUUAAGGAUACAGAGUCUACUGAUGCUGAUUCUGAAUCUGAAGGUGAUCCAACAGUAAAGAAAGGUGAAAGGAAAGAUAAGAAAAUUACAAAGAAAGGAGAAAAGAAGGAUGCAAAGAAAAACGUACAAUCUAGUGCAAGUGAAUCUGAAAUAAAGAAGGAAAAGAAAGAGACCAAGAAAGAUUUGAUGAAGGGCACAGGUGGUUAUACUGACUCAGCAUCUGAUGCAUCUCCCAAGGCAGGCAUGAAAAAAGUUGUAAGACCCUCAGAUACUGAAUCCGAAGGGUCAUCAGGGUUUAAGGCUAUAAAGACCACUGAUGAUUCAGAUGCCACAUCCACAGACUCGAAGAAGGGAAUGUCAGAACCAAGAAGAGGAUUCAGAAUGCCAAUCAAAAAGACUACAUUCAGAGAAAAUGGGAAAGGAAGCAAAGGGGGUAGAGUCCCUUCAUCAAGAGAAAGACUACCGUUUCCUCCUUGUGAGCCUAUUCGAGAAUCACCUAAGCCCAAAUGUGUCUGUCAGUGCAAGAUGCCUCCUCCACCUCCCAAACCCAGAUAUGCUCCUUUGCCUGGAGUGGAAUGGAUUCAUAAGCUGCUCUGAAGAACAGGUGAGCCCUGGGUUUCGCAGACUGGCCUUAUGGAAGCAAACAAUUCAUCAAACAUGCCUCUCUGCUUCACUGGAACUGUAGUCAAUAAAAGUAAGCGCCAGCAGCAUCCAAAAAUCAAAA